AUGGCCGGCGUGGGGUUCGAGGAGUUCUCGGCGCCGCCAGGCUCAGAGCUGGCGCUGCCGCCGCUCUUCGGCGGUCACAUCCUGGAGUCAGAGCUGGAGACAGAGGUGGAGUUCGUCGGGGGAGCCUUGGGAGGCCCAGGUCUCCGGGAAGGGGAGGAAGAGGAGGAGGCGGCCCGAGGAAGGCGUCGCCGCCAGCGAGAGCUGAGCCGUCGCAAGUACCAGGCGUUGGGCAGGCGCUGUCGGGAGAUCGAGCAGGUGAAUGAACGGGUUUUGAACAGACUUCAUCAGGUACAGAGAAUCACAAGACGACUCAGGCAAGAGCGAAGGUUUCUCAUGCGAGUCCUGGAUUCCUAUGGAGAUGACUACAGGAAGAGCCAGUUCACUAUUGUCCUGGAGGAUGAGGGGAGCCAAGGCCCUGAUGCCCCCACCCCGGGAAAUGCAGAGAAUGAGCCCCCUGAAAAGGAAAGUCUGUCACCUACCCCACGGCGGCCUCUUGAGCCCAGCAGUCCUCCCCCUGGGGAAGGUCCCAGUGGAAGAAAAAGGCGGAGAGCGCCCCGGGAUGGUCGCCGAGGUGGGGCACUGCUAACCCCAGAGCUAGGCCCAAGCCAGAUCAAAGUUGAGGAUGACUUCAGCUUCGAGCCAGAUGAGGCCCUCACCACAGGCUGGGCAGCCCGAGGCCCUGACAAACUGCUCUCCUACCCCACUCUGGCCAGCCCUCCCUUUGACAUUACCCCCCAAUAAAGCUUUGCCUUCCCUCUA